UUGAAUCUACGUACAGUAACUGGAGAUAACAAAAAAAAAUUGGGCACUGGAUAUGGAGAGGAAGGAGAUAGUUUACGAUGGCUAUUUCUAUGACGUUACCGACUUUGUUAAAAGGCAUCCCGGCGGAAGUAUAAUUGAAUAUUACACGAAAGCUGGUGAGGAGAGUACACAAGCAAUUCAACAAUUUCACUAUCGAUCAAUUAACCAUGUCAAGAAACUGAUGGGAUCGUUAAAAAAGCGUCCAGCUCCGGAUUUUGAUCUUCAUUUAGACCCUCAAGUGGUGAAAAAGAAUCGGGCGCUAACAGAAGACUUCACUAAGCAUUGACUUGGUUGAGCCGAGUAUAACAAGGAUUUUUCGAACCAUCUCAAACACAUAAUGCUUUGCGUUUGUUUGAGGUGCUCACAAUGUGGUACAUCGUAUACGUAUUGCUGCAGUGGCCACACACUUUCGCUAAAAUUGCUGGAACACUCUUGGUAGCUUUUUCGCAAGGUCGCACUGGAUGGGUGGCACAUGAGUGUGGUCACUAUUCCUUUUCUGGAAGUCCGCAGAUUGAUCGAUUCGUUCAUAACUUUUUGCACGGAACGAUUUCCGGUUUUUCUGCAACUUGGUGGAAAAGUGGUCACAAUCGCCAUCAUGCGAUGCCACAAAGACUGAAUCACGACAUCGAUUUGGACACAGUUCCGUUGUUAGCCUACAACACGAAAGUUGUGAAGAAAGUUGAUGACGGCAAGGGAUUGUUCAUCAAAUACCAGACCUACUUGUUCCCAGUUGUCACCACCCUGUUAGGUGGACUGUUUUGGAGAUGGUACUCAGUUCCCAGAUUCGUCAUCAAGCACACACUGUAUGCCGAAAUCGGGGUAAUGCUUUCCCAUUAUGUUGUCUAUUUCUACUUCCUCGGUUUUUGGGGAUGGUUUACAACCGGUUGGAUUCCAGCAAUUUACGUGUUCCUAAACUUUGCGUUGAGUCACACCUAUCUACCGGUUACAACGCAACCAACCCAUUGGGUGGAAUACGCACUAGUGCAUACUGCAGAUGUUCAAUAGACAGGUUGGUGUGACUAUUGGAUGGGGUUUCUCAAUUAUCAAAUCGAACACCAUUUAUUUCCUGCAAUGCAACAAUUUCGACAGCCACUAAUGGCACCGGGUCAAAGCGUUGGCUGAAAACACAAUCUGCCGUACAUUGUUUCUUCGUACGCUGAAGCGGUAAGACAAACUAUGCAAAAUUUGCAUAAUGUUUCGAAUGAACUGGUACAUGCAGAGUGAUUUUCGUAUGGACAGUGGUCAAUGGUAUUUGAAUUUCAUAGCAGGUAAACAAUUGUACCAGCAAAUAAAUGAGUUGAGAAAUAAAUUGAAUUGACAAAGUA